CAAGUUUUUACUUAAUUACUAACUCUGCUAUUCUUUCUUCUUAGAUAUUCAUAUCUGCAUUUUUCAACCGUUGAAAGCGCAUCUGUCUUUUAUAACACUUAUGUUGAAAAAGGCCUUACUAUAAACAAUAUGCAUUUUACAAUUCAUCCAACACAUUUACCUGAUGGCACUUUGGUUACUUAUGCUGUUCAAAAGAUAAACUUUGGCAAUCGUUCUAAUACGCAAAGUAUUAAUGCUCCAGCUGUCAACGCUGCCACUACGCCCAUGCCUUCAUCAGAGGCUAAUGCUGAUAUUACGAAUACUGCCACGUUGCCUAUACCUUCAUCCCAAGCCAUUGCUGAUAUGACCAACACUGCCACUAUGCCUAUACCUUCAUCCCAAGCCUAUGCUGAUAUUACCAAUACUGAUACUACCCCUAGCAGUGAAUGGGUGCUUAGCACUAAACGUGCGAUAAAUGAAAUUAGUAAAGAAAUAAAACAGUUGAAGAAGAGAAGAAGAUAUUUAAAAAAAGCAUUGAAAAAAGAACAAUAAAAUCAACACGUUCUUCACUUGGUCCAAUUCAACACUUUUCUCACUUGUCACCUAUGUGAAAUAUCGAAAUAAACCUUUUUUUUUUUUUUGGC